CCCACCGAGUUGCCCCAGAGACCGAGACGCCGCCGCCCCGAGGGACCAAUGAGAGCCCCGAUGCUGCGGUCGGCGGCGCCGGUGGUGCUGUCACUUUUGAUCCUCGGCUCAGGCCAUUAUGCUGCUGCACUGGACCUCAAUGACACCUACUCUGGGAAAGAGGAACCAUUUUCUGAGGGCCAUAGUUCUGAUGGAUUUGGGGUUACCUUGAGAAGUGGGAUGUCCUCAGGAAGCGAGACUUCCCCUGUGAGUGAAAUGACUUCUGGUAGUGCACUGUCCUCAGGGACCGACUAUGACUAUUCAGAAGAGUAUGAUAAUGAACCACAAAUAUCUGGCUAUAUCGUAGAUGAUUCAGUCAGAGUUGAACAGGUAGUUAAACCCAUGAAAAACAAAACAGAAAGUGAAAAGACUUCAGAUAAGCCCAAAAGAAAAAAAAAGGGAGGCAAAAAUGGAACUACUAGAAGAAACAGAAAGAAGAAAAAUCCAUGUGAUGCAGAAUUCCAAAAUUUCUGUAUACAUGGAGAAUGCAAAUAUAUAGAGCACCUGAAAGUAGUAACUUGCAAAUGUUAUCACGAUUACUUUGGUGAACGAUGUGGGGAAAAGUCCAUGAAGACUCACAGCAUGGUUGACAGUGACUUGUCAAAAAUCGCUUUAGCAGCCAUAGCUGCCUUUGUCUCUGCUGUGAGCUUCACAGCUAUAGCUGUUGUUAUUACAGUCCAGCUUCGAAAACGAUACUUAAGAGAAUAUGAAGGAGAAGCUGAAGAACGAAAGAAACUUCGACAAGAAAAUGGAAAUGCACAUGCCGUAGCAUAACUGAAGAUAAUAUUACAGGAUAUCAGAUCGGAGUCACUGCCAAGUCACAACCAUACAUGAUGAGUUCAUCCUCUUUUCAGAGGAUUAGAAGAAAAUGGAACCUUUUGGUUCUGAUGGUUUUAAACUUUCAAUUGUCACUUUUUAUGCUGUCUUAUUUCUGUACAUAAAGAUGCAUGGAGACAAAAGUAUUUUUUCAAGUUGUAAAUAAUUUAUUUAAUAUUUAAUGGAAGUGUAUUUAUUUUACAGUUCAUUAAACUUUUUUAAUCAAACAAAU